UUAUUAAAAAAAAAAUUUCAUUGAAAAUUAAAAAAAAAAUUUUAAUUCUUCAAGAAUGAUAAUAGAUUUUAAUAAUUAGAAUAAAAAUAUUAAAAUUGAAUUUUAAAAAAAUUAUUUUUAAUAAAUUAAAGUAAUUAAAAAUGACAAUAAUACUAUCAAAAUUAUUACAGUAAUUUAUAACGAAACCGAGACAAGUAAUCACGAUAGUUUAUACGGUUGCGGUAUAGGUUUUUUGAAAUUCAAAGUGAAUUGAUGGGUUAAAAAUAAAAGUUAAUAAUAAUUUUUUAGUUAUUUUUUAUUUUGAAGAAUAACAAAACAAUAUAUUUAAUAAAUGAUAACAAAAAAAAAAUAAUAAUAAAAUAAAAAAUUUAUUGAUUGCCAAUUAUAAAAAAUUCUUAAAGUUCAAUUAAUUGUUAUUAUUAAUUUAAAUAAAGAAAAAGAAACAGAAUAAAAUUUUACAAUCAAAAUGGAAAUUAUAAUGCGAUUUUUAGCUUCACUUCUAAAUAUAUUUGGAUUUUUUGUUUAUUCAAUAAUUUAUGUGAUUACAAAAUUUCGAAAAAGAAAAAUUGUUCCACCAAUUACAAAUAAACUGCUUUUAAUGCCGGCAAUUGAAUUGGCUGAAAAAAUUCGUAAACAAGAGAUUAAAUCUGAGAGUGUUGUACGUGCCUACAUUGAACGUAUUCAAGAAGUUGAUCCAUAUUUAAAUGCUGUUAUAGAAAAUCGUUUCUCUGAAGCUAUUAAAGAUGCCCAAAGAGCUGAUGAAUUAUGUACUAAAUUAUCACAACAAGAAAUUGCAACAAAGUAUCCAUUAUUGGGAAUUCCAUUUACAGUUAAAGAAUCUGUUGGAUUAAAAGGUUGCUCACAUGUUGUUGGUAAUGUUCAUCGAAAAGGAUAUCGUGCAAUUAAAGAUGGUGCUGUUGUUGAAAAUUUAAAACAAGCUGGUUGUAUACCAUUAUUAGUAUCAAAUAAUCCAGAAUUUUGUUUCAGUUGGGAAACUGAUAAUAUUAUAAACGGUACUUGUCAUAAUCCAUAUGAUACAAGACGUAGUCCAGGAGGAUCUUCUGGAGGUGAGGCUGCCCUUAUUGGUGCUGGUGCGUCAUUAUUUGGUAUUGGAUCAGAUGUAGCUGGUUCAAUAAGAGUUCCAGGUCUUUUCACUGGUAUAUUCGGACAUAAACCAACCGGUGGAUUUUUAUCAACUGAUGGACAUUUUCCACGUCCGGAAUGUGAUAAUGUUCGAAUAUUUUUGCAAGUUGGACCGAUGGCAAGAUAUGCAAAAGAUUUACCAAUUUUAAUGCAAAUAAUGGCUGGUGAAAAUGCAUAUAAAUUAAAUUUAGAGAGACCUAUUGCAACAAAAGAUAUUAAGGUGUUCUAUUUGGAAGAUUUACCCUUUAGUUUCUCAAGAAUUCCAACUAGUUCUAAUAUUCAACUGUCUAUUAUGAGAGCUGUAAAUUAUUUGAAGAAAGUUGGACUGAAGACCGAAAAGGCAAAUAUACCAGAAUUUUAUAGAAUUGAAGAAAUUUCAUUUGCAAAUGUUGCUGAUGUUACAAAUGUUCCCAGCAUUUUAGUUAAUCCAAAAGAUCCGGAGAACUCAGAUAAUCUUUUCUUGGAAAUUAUGAAACACGUUAUAGCAAAACCAAAAUAUUCUUUCGCUGCAUUGGGAUUUGAUUUUCUUGUUUUAAGUAAUCAUAAUUUUAUACCAAAAAGAAAUUUUCCAAAAUGGGCAAAAAAACGUGAUGAAUUAAAGGCAAGCCUUAUAAAAAUGUUAGGAGAAGAUGGUGUCCUUAUAUUACCAACAUAUAAUAAACAAGCAAUAAUACAAAAAACAUCACUAGUUAAUAUAACAGGUUUCGUAUUUGUAGUAGCCUGGAAUGUUUUAGGUUUUCCAGCUACUCAUGUUACAAUGGGUCUUGAUGAUAAAGGAAUACCCGUUGGAUUUCAAGUGGUUGCAGCACCUUAUAUGGACAAAUUAUGUUUACAAAUAGCAACUGAAUUAGAAGCUGCAUUUGGUGGCUGGGUUCCACCAAAAUCGAAUAUGUUAGAUGAAUCAAAAGAAGUACUGAUAAAAUCAUGAGACUUAUUUAACAUUUUUUAUUUUAUAUUUAAACAUAAUUUAGUAUCUUUAGUAAUAUCGUAGGGUUGUUUUAUGUUUUUAUUUUUGAAAAUUUACAUUUUAAAAGAAAAUGAUAAAGUAUAAAACAUUGUAGUCAUAAAGUGUGUUACAGUACGUAGGUUUAUAAAAAAGAAAUUUGUGUAUUUUGUAAAUAUAUUGUAAAAAAAAGAAGAAAAAAAGCGAACAAAAUUAAAAUUUGAACUAGA